AUGUACUCUCUCUCUUGCAUAGUUCGACUCAGUAGAGUAAGGCCUCCUGGGUCUCUUACUCUGCAAAUCAGGUAUAGUUCGACAGCGACUAGAUCUACGGAAGAUAAAGCUCGUUUUACAGGUUGGAGUGUUCGUUCACCUCGAGACCUAUAUAAUCAUUUGUCGACAUAUGUAGUGGGACAAGAAAAGGCUAAACGGACACUCUCUGUCGCCGUAUUCAAUCAUUAUCAUCGUAUAUCCCCUCGACUUGCAUCACAAGAACCUUCCCAGCCACCUCACCCAGCUCAAUCACCUCCCAGAGCCCAACCUCCGCCUACCAUACUAGAUCCACCAAUUUCAGCUUCUUCGUCCCGCUCAACGACGUGGGAACGUCCAACAAGACGAGAUGAUAUUGAUCCGAUGAGUUGGGAUCCAAGUAAAGCGGGCACACAACUCGAAGAUGGACAUAAAAGAGAUGCUACAACAGUCACAGGGGCAGAUGGGACUGAUCCUACUUUGACCCAUGAUCUUCUAACGGAUAGAUCUAGAGAAGGCCAAUGGGCGAGAGAUGGUUACUUCAGUGCUAGACCUCCUCCACCCUUACCCUCCUUACUUGGUCACACUAUGAAGAAGCGCAAGACACAUGAUUAUGAUAGAAACGUGCAUCCAGGAGAAGGGGAUCGAGGUCGACGAAGGAGAGAACAAGCUGAAUCGGAUACGAAUAUUAAGUUACCUAUAUUGGAAGAGGAAGGUCACGGCUCAAGAGAUGCCAAAGAAGAAGUCAUCAUUGAGAAGAGUAAUGUUUUGAUGGUCGGACCAACGGGAACUGGAAAAACGUUGAUGGCCAAAACCUUAGCGAGAAUACUAGAUGUACCCUUUGCUUCUUGUGACGCCACUACCUACACUCAAGCGGGAUAUGUUGGGGAAGAUGUGGAAAACUGUGUGCUACGAUUAUUGCAAAACGCGGAGUAUGAUGUCAACAGAGCUGAGGUUGGUAUCAUACACAUUGACGAGAUAGAUAAACUCGCUCGACGGGGUGGUGGCGAUUUUGGAUCUUGGGGAGGGGGAAGGGAUGUGGGUGGAGAAGGGGUUCAACAAGCACUACUUAGAUUACUCGAAGGAACAACUUUGACUUUACAGGCUAAAGCUCCGGCUAUUUCUUCAACACCUCCAAUCUCGCCAAACUCCCCAAAUACUCUUGGAGGAGCAGGUCCAAGCUCUCCGGGUACGACUUUAGGACCGAAAGCGGAGAGUAAGAGCGCGUAUGGGGAACCACCAGGAUGGGAUCCUAAUAACCCUAUGAAUCGAAAUUUAGGUGGGAAGAAAUCUAUUAGGGAAGGCCUACCAGGAUUCAGUGGUGGCGGAUCUCCUGGAGGGAAAGGAGAAACGUUUGUCGUUGAUACCUCGAAUAUCUUGUUCGUUCUCUCUGGUGCUUUCGUGGGUUUGGAUCAAAUCGUGAAUAGGCGUUUAGGCAAAGGAUCCAUAGGAUUCGGUGCACCACUACCGAAAUCACCUGCCAUACCAGUUUCUCCGACUUCGGCACUUCCAUUGACAGGACUGUCUACUCCCGACUUGACAACAUACGGAUUAAUACCAGAAUUUUUAGGUAGAUUGCCAGUCAUCUCGGUAUUGUCUAAUCUCACGUUGGAAGAUAUGAUUCGAAUCUUAGUUGAGCCUCGAAACGCACUGAUAAAGCAAUAUCAAGCUUUAUUCGAGAAAUAUGGAUCGCAAUUGCGAUUUACCGAUAAAGCGGUCAAAGAGGUUGCUAGAGAAGGCUUGGAACGAGGUGGGGGUGCUAGAGGACUAAGAGGAAUUAUCGAAGAAAGAUUGGGUGAUGCUAUGUUCGAAGUGCCAGGAUCUUCUGUAAGAUAUUGCUUGAUAACAGAGGCGGUAAUCAAACAACAAGAACCUGCAGUAUACUUUUCAAGAGGACAAAGGAUGGCUUAUCUGCAAGCUAUAGAAGAUGAAGAUGGGGUAGAUAUCAUUGCUCAAGGAAUCGAAGAUUCAGAAGAGCCUGAAAAGAUUAGUGCGACGGGAUGA